UCGAAAAUUUGAAAUCUUAAAAAGCCAAUCCAACGAGAAUCUCAGACCUCAGUUUCACCAUCAAUGGCAUCAACAACAACAACGACGAUGACUGCUACUACUACGAGUACUGUGUCUUGUGAUGAUUCGGAGAGAAGAGACAGUAACUGUUACUUCCCAGAUUGUCGUAAAGACGCGAAUUGCAGCUGCGAGAUUUGUCUCGAUAGUCUCAACGCUACCCUCGAUCUCAUGCCUCUCAGUGUUCAGAAAAGCUCCCUCACUAAGCUUUCUUUUGCCUCCACUUUCAAACCACCCACCGUUGAAUCUACUCCCACCUCGUUUGAUCCUAGUGUUGUUGUCUCCACACCCGCUUCCGUUUCUCGCCCAAUCUUAAAGGUGAUGAUGAUCUCUUCCCCAAAGAAGAAGAAGAAGAAGCAGAUCAAGAAUUCGAUUGUUUACGAGGAUAAAGAAGAACAGAUGAAGAAAUCUAUAGUUUCCGAGAAUAAAGAAGAACCGAGGAAGAAGGAGAGAAAAAGUCUACUGCUUUGUGUUGUUCUUCUGAAAGUGGUCUUCUUGAUUGGGUUGGCUCUGUUUUUGGAAUUAGGGUUUCGUUGGGUGCGUGAAGAAGGGUUUUUGAAACCCAAAUUCACAGAGGAGAUUGUGAGGAACGCUGGUGAGAGAUCUCAGGGUGUGAAGCUGAGACUCUUGGAAGACGAAUUAGUAAUAAUGGGCAAGAUUUCGAGUUGCAGAGGUUCUGAUUCUAAGUGGCAGAUCAAUCAGAAUGGUCCAAUGUUGAUUUCAAAGUGUGUUCUGUACAAAUCCGCCAUUGAAGAGGUUAGUAUUUGGGGAUGGCCUUUGCAGACAGCUGGAUUGUUUCAUACUGGCUUCUUUUCAAGUUCCAUCACUGUAUUAUCAGGCCGAGUAACUGAGUGGACAGAUGGGCAAUUCAGUUACACGACACACGAGACCAAUGCUUCGUGGGGGAAAGACAAAUGGAGCACAUCGGUUCUGCAACUAGAUCCAAACACAUGGGUUCUUGAGUACAGCCUAAGCUCGGUGAUGGAUGGUUCGAGUUUGCUGUCACUAACAAUGGAUGUCCUUAAACACAUGAUGUUCCAAGCAGCAAAGAAUGUAAAUCGGGAGGUUUUCUGGAUGUUUUCAGCCUCAGGGAGGAGUUUGUAUAGGGAAGCGGAAACAAAGGCUAGCACAAUGACACCAACCUAAAAUGAGGAAAUAAAAAGUUUUCCCUUUUUUUUUUGGUUGCUUUUUUCAGUUCAAGCAUUGCUUUUAGGUAUAGUAGUUAUGAUGAUGUAUGAACACAAAGUAUCUUGAUACUGUUACUGUGUAGUUUUUUGUAGAAUGGUAGGUAAUCGAAUGUUACUAGUUGUUUCAUCAUGUCAUUUUGUAUUGAGAAAUCAAUCUCAUCACUUGAUUCGGAA